AUGGACAUAGAAGAGUUAAGUGUUCCUAAUAUAAAUUACGAGACCGAUAAAGAGGUCACAAGUUCCGACGAGAGCUUCUGUGACGAUAAAGAACCUUACUAUUAUACUCGCUUCAAGAUUCGUGAUCAUAUAAAAGCAUUCUUUACAGCCAACGAGGCGGUGGGAAAUGACAAAACCGACAAGUUAAAUGACGACACUAAUAACUCAUGGCUUUCAAGAACACCCCAGGCCCUCAUCAGCUGCCUGGCGACAAAGAUGGUGAUGAAUAAUUAUCAUGACUACCUCGUUAUGAACCACCUAAGGUACGAAAGGCGCUUCAAGAGACGGUCACCCUACGACCUGUUCCCUAGUCAGUGGAAUAUGUGGAUUCAACGUGGACCAGACGACGAUCGGGAGAGGUUCGGAAGUGUUAUCAAUGAUAGGGAAACGUUUGAAGCAGUGCUCGAGACAGUAAGAUCAAAGCAGGUCUCAUACAAGAAGCUCCACAUUUUGAGAGCUGAAAUGACCCCAGACACAAGAACAAACUUUCUGGAUCUGUCGAUUUUUAUGAGAGUUAAGCCCUCUAAGGAAAUGACUGAGAUUGAAUUAGGAAUUACCGCUGAUAUGCACGUUCACCUUCGUGACGGCAGAAUGAUGGACCUCAUCACUCCAACUGUGAGAGAUGGAGGUGUAUCCAUCGCAUAUGUGAUGCCCAACUUGGUGCCUCCAGUUACCACGAUAGAUCGUGUGGUUGAAUACAAGAACAGUCUUCAAAAGCUCUCUCCUAAGACGACCUUCUUGAUGAGUUUCUACUUGUGCAAGGACUUAACCCCAGAUCUCAUUCAUGAGGCUGCAAAGAUUGGCGCUAUUCACGGUGUGAAGUGUUACCCAGCUGGUGUUACCACCAACUCUUCUGCUGGUGUUGAUCCUAACGACUUCUCCAGUUUUUAUCCUAUCUUCAAGGCCUUGGAAGAGAACAACUUGGUUCUCAAUUUGCAUGGAGAGAAGCCACCUUCCGAUGAUGAGGACAUUCAUGUGUUGAACGCAGAGCCUCAGUUCAUGCCUGCUUUGCUCAAGUUGUCGAAGGAUUUCCCCAACUUAAAGAUCAUCUUGGAGCACUGCACCACGAAGAGUGCCAUUGACACCAUUCGUCAAAUCCACCAGGAGAACCCCAACUCUAGAGUGGCAGCUACCAUUACUGCUCACCACCUUUCAUUGACCAUUGAUGCCUGGGCGGGCAAUCCAAUCAAUUUCUGUAAGCCAGUGGCUAAGUUGCCAGCUGACAUGAGAGCUUUAGUUGAAGCCGCCACUUCAGGCGAUAAAUACUUUUUCUUUGGCUCAGACUCGGCCCCACACCCUAUCGAGAGCAAAGCAAAGCAUACCGGUGUCUGUGCCGGUGUUUACACCCAAAGUAACGCUAUCGCUUACGUCGCUGAAGUCUUUGAUGCCGCUGGAAAGCUCGACAACUUGCGUAAGUUUGUUUCCGAAAACGGAAGAGCCUUCUAUGAAAUUGAAGACAAGGACUUGGUCAAUGCUGAUAAGGCAGUCCUUGUUCGUCGCGAUAACGCUGUGCCCCAGGUUAUUGGAAAUGAUAAAUUAGAAGUUGUGCCAUUCAAGGCGGGAGAGACUUUGAAGUACGCCGUCGAAUGGAGGUGA